AUGGCCGGUAAAGUAACGUUUUUUGAUUCGAGCUUAAGUUUUUCUUCUAAUCGCAACACACAAGGAUUUCAGUCCGCCUCACCUGAUAUACCAAAGUUUGUCCCUCUAUCAAAGGCACAGCAUGAGCUCGACGGUUCCGCGCAGGCGCAGGAUCAGAUCAGUCGCUGCUUUAAUAAACUCCGAUCACUGAGAGCGUCUGACAACGCGACUCUGAAAACGGAGCUCAAUUUACUGUUCGACCAGCUCAUCUCAGAAAACUACAACAGCGGCAACCAUGACGGCAUUCAAGCAGAGGUUGUGUGUGAGAUGCUUAUGCAUGCAAGCCGUCUGGUUCCUCUCAGCCAAGAGCAUCUUAUCAUCAAACUGUGCCAACUGAUUCAUCAACUUCUAAACCAGCUACAGGUAAUAGUGGAUGAGCAUACGCUUGAUGUUCUGGUAUCAUACUGCUCAGGUGCUGUGCGCACAUGCAGCUCAUGGACUCACCCGGAAGUGUUGCUUGCCCUCUCGUCACUAGUGUAUGGCAAUGGAUGUCACAGGCAUCUUCCAGAGCUCCUUGGUCCGAGUGGUAUUCUGGUAAGCUAUGGUGACCCCAGCCAGCCAAACAUAGAGUUACGUCGUUCUGCUGUGCAUUGCAUGGCUAAUCUAUGUCUCAGUGUUCCUGGUCAGCCAUAUUUAGAGGAGCCAUAUAAAGGUGUAUGCUAUGGAAUCCUCCUGCGGACACUACAGUCCCCCAAACCACCUGAUGUGGAGGACAUUGUCUUCUGUACAUUAUUGCAGAGUGCUCUGAAGGCAAUGGAGUAUUUUCUCAAUGGUGGAAAAUGGAAAGCCGUUCCAAACCAGGAUUUGGGCACCUUAUUGGCCGUGCUCAAAAGAUUCAUGUUCUAUGGCUUGCCGGGAAUAAGUGUGGAAAUGCCACAGGUGUUGUACCCAGCUCCUCUCCCUCAGUAUGAGACUGUUGCUGCUGCAAAACCUGAACCUUCACAAGACUCAACUGCACAGAAAAAAACAGCUGGGUCCCAACAGAACAAGAAGCGCAAGUCUCGGGGGAAAGGGAAGAAAGCUGGAGCUGAGGGAAAGAAGGACGGAGAGGAGGGAGAGGGUGACCACAUCUCUGGGUCUCUUAAAACUGGAGGAGGUGGAUUGGAUCAGAGUGGUUGGUCACAUGGCUCACAGUCCGCUAGUGUGACGUCCCCGUCAGGAGCGAGUCCACAGCUCUACCCUUCCUGGAAGAAAGGGAGCUCUGACUCUGAAUUCUCUGACCCUGAGGGAGGAAUGCAGUCUAAACUCAGGUUGCAUCAAGCACUUGUGCGGCAGAGUGCGCUUCAGUGCUUCCUGGCUGUGGUCAAGUGUGUAGAGAAACGAAUCCUCUAUGGCUACUGGUCUUCCUUUGUUCCAGAUGCUCCUGGGAUUGGAGGCCCUCCUCCUCUUACCCUCCUGACCAUUGCCCACCUCCCCAAAGGUAAAACACAAGUACGGGCAGGCUCUCUGCAGGUUCUGUCUGCUCUUCUAGAAGGUUCUCGCCAGUUCCUCUCCACCGCUGAAGACACCAGUGCACCCCGCCAGGCCUUCACUCCCUUUUCGGCUACAUUAGCUGCCAGUGUCAGAGAGCUGCACCGCUGCUUGCUGCUUGCACUCAUAGCGGAGUCCUCCUGUCAGACACUCACUCAGGUCCUAAAGUGCCUUGCCCACCUGGUUUCCAACGUGCCCUAUAAUCGUCUCAGACCGGGCCUGUUGAGCCCACUGUGGAAACAGAUCCGUCCAUUUGUGCGCCACAGAGAUGUGAACGUCCGUGUGUCCAGUCUCACCCUCUUCGGUGCAUUAGUCUCAACACAAGCCCCCCUCCCAGAGAUCCAGCUCCUCUUCCAGCAGCCCGGAUCCACAUCCGCCCUCAGCACCCCCGGCAUCAGCACUCCGCAGGAGCUCUCUCACAACUGGAGACUUCUCACUCUGAGAGACGGAGAGAUCUCGUCUCCUGGAGGAGGAGUUGAAGGGGGUCAGGAGGGGCCGUGCUUGCUGUUGCAGCUGUGCGUGAGCCUGGUCACUCAGCCUCGUGAGGAACCGUACUCUGAUAGUGACGCAGGCGGGUCUAGUGGAGCAUCGCUGAAACCUUCACCCGUACGACUUGAAGCCCUGCAGGUUUUGGCUCAUCUGGUGAAGGGUUACUUCUCAUUGGCUCAGACAUCUCUGUUGGAAUUGGGGCAACUCAGUGCUCACUGUCUCACAGAGCAAGACCAUGGCGCUAAACUUCUGGAAGAACUGGGAACAGGUGUUAUCCAGCAGUACAGAGCUGAUGCCAACACCACUCCACAAAGUGCCAAAUGCGUGCCAGUGUGUCAGGUGGUUGAGUUCUGGUCCGAGGUCUUGGGUGGUUCACUGAUCAGUGCCUUACAGAACGAGCAGCAUCCCACCCUACAGACCAGCGCAUGUGACACCCUCUCCUCCAUCUUGCCACAAGCUUUCAGCCAGCUGCCCGAUAAGACGCAAGUCUUGCGGGUUUCGAACAACACGAGGGAUGUCAUGUUUGUGGCAGACACGGCUAAUGCCAUCCUCACUGCUCUGGAUGACCGCUCACCCAACGUUCGUGCAAAGGCAGCCUGGUCACUUGGCAACCUCACCGACACACUCAUUGUCAACAUGCAGUCAGUGGGGCUGGAGUUUCAGGAGGAGUUCUCUGAUAGGCUGCUGCUGAACAUGCUGAGAUCUGCCACUAAAGCUUCAGGAGAUAAAGACAGGUUAAAGAGCAAUGCUGUCCGUGCACUUGGGAAUCUGCUUCACUUCCUGCAGCCGGUGCACCUGGGAAAGCCUGUGUUUGAGCAGCCUCUGCAGGAGGCCAUGAGGGCACUGAUAGAUACGGUUAGAGGAGAUGCAACCAUGAAAGUGCGCUGGAACGCCUGCUAUGCGCUGGGCAAUGCCUUCAGAAAUCACAACCUGCUUCUGGGUUGUGCUGUCUGGUCUAAAGAAGCUUACUCUGCCCUGUCCUACGUCGUCACUUCCUGCAAGAACUUCAAAGUACGCAUCAAAUCCGCUGCUGCACUUUCUGUUCCAUCGACGCGUGAUCGGUACGGUGACGUUCACCAGUUCGCCGAAGUGUGGCGAGCUUUGGCUCAGGCCCUUGAACACAGCGAAGAAACGGAGGACUUCCUUGAAUAUCGUUACUGUGCUAGCUUACGCUCACAGCUCUGCCGUGCUCUCCUGCACCUUCUGUCCGUAUGCCAGCCUGAUGACCUUCCAGCGCUGAGGUCAUCACUGAGCCACCAAUCCAGGCCAGUGCUACAGGGCUUCCUGGUUCACUACCGUAGCGAUAAGGGUGUGACUUUGGCUGCUGGGGUUGAUGGUGCUGCAGGGGAGGAGGCUGGGGAUCAUGCGGUGCCUGAAGAUGGUUUGAUGGUGCUCAACGAGACCCUGACCAGGCUGAAGGGACAGCUGGAAGAGGCCGUGUUGGACAGCAGUGAGGAUCUGAAGACUGGGGUGAAUUUCAACGAGGAUGUAGUGAGGAACUCUGAGGAGAUGAAAGAAUCAGACCGCAAAGAUUCCUCCCUUGCACUCAGCAAAUCACCACAGCGAAAGUGACAAUACAGAUGUGCCAUGACUGUCUGAGGUUGAACCUAUCUUUUAGAUUUUAUUAAAAAUGUAUGCAUUAAAGUAUAUGUCAAAAUAUCAAAGAAAUUCCUGUAAAGUCUCGAGUUCCACUUUUAAAGAAAUAGUUCACCCAAAAAUGAAAAUUCACAGUCCUU